AUGAUCGGAAUGAUGAACUCUCCCGCGGAUACCGUGGAAUUUUAUGCAGCAAAGAAAAGCAACGAAGAUGGUGCCAAUGCUGACGAAAAGGAUUUGAAAGUGUUCAGCGAAGCGAAGCGCAAACAGAGCGUUACCUAUACGCAAGACGGCCGUCGAAUGAUUGAUGGAAAGAUUGAAGGCGGUUCGGGCACAGCUAUGCAUCUAUGGGGAGAAACACUGCGAAGAGGAGCGAUCACGACUCACAUGAUUGCUAGUGAUGGCGAAGAUGAGAAUCAGAAUGACGAAGAAAGCGAAGUUCCAGAUGAAAGAGAUUGUACGGAAGCUACGAAAAUUUCGAACCCUGUGGAGGUUUGCGCGACGAAUAAAUGUCUUCGAGAGGGUCUCAGUGAAGAGAAUCUGAAGGCUUUCACCGAAAUCAAACAGAGGCAGACUGUUACCUAUACGAAAGGUCAGUGUAACCCUACAAGAGAGAAUCGCCGAAUGUCACUAUGA